CGCGGGAGUGCAGGACGAGAAGACUGGGCAGGGCUAGAGCGCGGGUGGCGCGAGAAGGGGCGGGGCGGGCGCGCGGCCGUUAGCGCGCUACCGUUAGUGGUCCCGCUCUGCGCAACCGUGCUCCUCGCGGCUGCAGUGUUACUGGGUUGCAGUCCGCGUGACCCGGCCGCCGUUUGCGUGCUCACCCCCUUCGCCGGCGCAGUCACCGCGCGGGGCGGCGGCCCGUGAGUUUUACCCAGCACUUAUCCAGUGAAACAACUCGGUAACCGUUUCAAGGGAGCAUCCGAUCGGUUAGGAAAUCUCAGACUGAGCAGCUUGUGGAAGCCAGCAUUUGCAACGUCCUCCUCACAUGCUUUGAAGAUCCUUGCGUCUUCCUGUAACUACCACUGUGCGCAGAAUCCCACUCAAGGAACGUCUUGGUCCAGCGAUGCAAAGAACUGACGUUUCAAGCUGGAAGAGCCGGUAUUGUCCUCAUUAUAGUAUAGAAGAAUUCAAGACAGGAGAGAGAGACAGCAGCGAAUGAAGACUAUAAUAGGAAAGAAGAAGGAACAUCAAAGAUUGAGAAAAUCUGCCAAGACAAGGAGGGUAACCCAGAGGAAGCCUUCUUCAGGGCCUGUUUGCCGGCUAUGCCUUCAAGAACCUGGGGAUCCCGAAAAAUUAGGGGAAUUUCUUCAGAAACACAAUCUCAGUGUGCAUUAUUUCUGUCUUAUCCUAUCUAGCAAGCUGCCUCAGAGGGGCCAGUCCAAUAGAGGUUUCCAUGGAUUCCUGCCUGAGGACAUCAAAAAGGAGGCAGCCCGGGCCUCUAGGAAGAUCUGCUUUGUGUGCAAGAAAAAGGGAGCUGCCAUCAACUGCCAGAAGGACCAAUGCGUCAGAAACUUCCAUCUUCCUUGUGGCCAGGAAAGGGGUUGCCUUUCACAAUUUUUUGGAGAGUACAAAUCGUUUUGUGAGAAACAUCGCCCAACACAGGACAUCCGAUGGGAGAAUGUGGGGGAGGAAAGCUGUGUCUUGUGCUGUGAAGACUUAUCCCAAGCAAGUGUUGAAAACAUCCAGAGUCCGUGCUGUAGCCAAACUAUCUACCACCGCAAGUGCAUACAGAAAUAUGCCCACACAUCAGCAAAGCAUUUCUUCAAAUGUCCACAUUGCAACAAUCGAGAAGAAUUUCCUCAAGAAAUGCUAAGAAUGGGAAUUCAUAUUCCAGACAGAGACGCUGCCUGGGAACUCGAGCCAGGGGCUUUCUCGGAGUUGUACCAGCGCUAUCAGCAUUGUGAUGCCCCCAUCUGUGUGUAUGAACAAGGCAGAGACAGCUUUCAGGAUAAAGGGAGGUGGCGCCUCGUUCUGUGUGCUACAUGUGGAUCCCACGGAACCCAUAGGGACUGCUCCUCUCUCAGAUCCAACUGUAAGAAAUGGGAGUGUGAGGAGUGUGCGCCUGCUGCUGAAGCCACAGACUGCACACCUGAAAACUCAGGUGACAUCCCCUGUUGCAGCAGCACCUUCCACAGGGGGCAUUUCUGCAGAGACACCAGCCUGGAACAGAAUCCGGGCCCUUCUUGGACUGACUGGCCAGGCUCUUCCUCAUUAGAAAAACCGGAGUCCUCUGGUUGCAGGAUGAGGGCCCACUCCUGGCAAUCCAAGGGUGUCAAAAUCACUAAGAGCUGCAAAAAGUCCAAGUAACAGUUUCUGAGUAGUCGCUGCCAAGCACAUUUGAGUACAAAGCUGUGUUCCUCCAUCAGGUUUGGGGGAGGGAGCACUUUGGCACUGUGAGACAAGGAAAGGGGGCUAGCAGUGAGACUCUGAACCAAAGAAAGAGAAGUCCCAGGGGAACAUGAGUUCAGAGCAGAGUCCUGAUGCCAACCACAGGAUGCGUUUGUGGCUUUAAGAGCACCUCUGCUCUUUCUGCCUGAUUCCCAGAGGGCCUUUUCUACUCUUCUUUUUCCCCCAAGAUUCUUCCACCUUGAUCUUGUUCUCAUAUACCUCUCCUGACUUCACCCACGUUUGUUAUUAUACAAAUAAAAGUUUUCUCUCCAUUGCUGUCUCCUUAUGCAUUCACUCUGGAAUUUAUCUAGCAUACUAAGGAAUCUGGAGGGUAGAGUGAAGGAAUAGGAAAACGCACCUUUCUACUCUAUAAAAUUCAGUGAAUUAAAUGUAGAACUUUCGACUUAGACAUGUUGCUUUGGAGGGAAGUAUUUUGCAGGUAAAUCGAUUUUGCAGGGACAGAGAUUUUCAUAGUUGUGCAAAUAAACACACAGGAUCUCAUCAGGAAGGUGAGCCAGCAAAGGAGAACACACUGGACUGAGAAUAGGCCACUAUUGCAAGGCUUGGGGCCCUGGACUCAAAGGCCAGGGACUGCCGUGCUCACGUGGGACAGAAGGGGCUCCACUCACUCCAGGCAGCCUGGUCUUUAGCAUACCUUCCUAACCCUAACACACCUCCACUCAAACCCUCCUGUCUGGUGGCUCGGGCAUUUCUAGCUCAGGUAAGGGGGCCAUGCCAGCACAUUAGGCAAGACAGCUAGGACAGAAACCUGGCAGAAGGUCUUGGGAUAAAUUGAAUAGAACAUUUGUUUGUUUUUAAUGAUUUUGUGGGAUUUGGAUUAGUGGGGGAAACUCAAGACCAUUGCCAGGUACCGAGUUCGCAGGGUCUCACUGCGAACUUGGUUUAAAUGUUGCUGACCCCUGGAGACUUACAUCUGAAUGUGCACAGUGAUUUGGAUUUGACCAGAUUCAUUUGGAAUCACAAGGAGGCGGUGGGGGUCAAAAUAAUACUUUAAAAAGAAAUCAAGAAAUACUAAAAGGAUUAUAAUGAAAAAUACUCUCUUGACUCAUCCUUCCCUACCCCUAUUCCCUAAAGGCAACUACUCUCCACAUCUUUUAGCCAUUUCUUGAUAUAUUAAUCUUAGACAUUUUUGACUUCCUAUUAUAUUACAUAAAGAUCUAGCACCUUUAAAACCUUCCCAUGUUCAUUCCCUCCAUCUUUUAUAAUUGCAUCGCAAUUCUUGUUAAAUUAACCUUCAGUGUUGAGUC